CUGCUUGGACAUUCCAGCAAGGGUCAACAUUAUUUCUGCUGUGCAGACCACAGCGCCUGUGCGCCGCUACCUGUAGGCUUUACUGGGAUAUCAAGCUCUAAGUGUGGAUUUGAAACACCUUUUUACUUUAAAGCUUGGAUUUUGAGGGUCCAGAGACAAAGUCAAUCCCCCUGUUCUUGAAGCUGAACAACCAAACAGCAAAACACAGUUCAGGAAGAGAUUUUGGGCCGUCGAUCAGUCUGCAGCAUGUCUGGAUUGAUACCAUUCUACCGAAAGCACCAGCGCCACCACGGUCAUGGCUACCAUACCAAAGAGAUGGAAUCUAUUAAGAGCCAGUACCAGUCGAGCAGCAGAUACACUGCUGGCAGCACAUCUCUUUCUACAAGCAGGAGCCAGGGACUUAAAGUGUCUUCACAAACUUACCUGGACGAGAACAGACUGAGCCCUGUAACCAAGAGAGCCAAGCCGAGUUACUUGGCUGUGGAUAAAGAGAACCAAAUCAUUGGCUAUGUAGUGCCGAUCUUCAGGGGCAGUCAAGAGUUUGCUGCUGGAGUUUCGGAUGCAGGAGAGACAAGGUUGAGGGACACUUCCACACAUAUGUCCUGCAGGGGUUUGUUCACCAGUGGCUUGGAGGUGGAGAGGUCAGAGCAGAUCUCAAGGAAGGAGGCAAUACGCGAGUCGGCCAAUCGCAUCUCAAUGAGCAAAAGGAUCCAUGAGCACGAGGAACACUACAAACGCAUGAACGAAGACUGCCUGAUGCACCCUCCAAAGUUUGUGAUUAAGCCUCGCUCCCACACUGUGUGGGAGAAGCAGUGUGUGCGGCUGCACUGCACCAUCAGCGGCUGGCCUGAGCCACGGGUUGUCUGGUACAAAAACAAUGUGGCAAUUGACUCUCUUAAGCACCCGGGCAAGUACAAAGUGGAGAGCAACUACAAUAUGCACUCACUGGAGAUCAACAGAUGUGAUUUUGAUGAUACGGCACAGUACCGCGUCUCUGCCAUGAACUCCAAGGGAGAGCUGUCUGCUUUUGCCUCCGUUGUUGUUAAAAGGUUCAAAGGUGAAGUUGAUGAGUCUCUGCCAGCACCCAGACGAGGACCAGUGUCUGAAUAUGGCAUCACCUUCCAGACUCACAUUGUUGAUAAGUUUGGUGUAUCCUUUGGAAGAGAGGGUGAGACCUUAAGUCUGGGAUGUACAGCUGUCAUCUACCCGGCCCUCCAACAUUACAAGCCAGAGAUCCAGUGGUACAGAGAUGAUGUUCUGCUUACUCCUUCUAAAUGGAAUCACAUGCAGUGGAGUGGAGACCGAGCCACACUUACGCUCACACACCUCAACAAAGAGGACGAGGGGCUGUACACUGUGCGUGUCAGCACCAAGUCUGGAUAUGAAACCUACUCUGCUUAUGUGUUUGUCAGAGAUGGGGAUGCUGAGGUGGAAGGGGCUCCAGGUGCCCCUCUGGAUGUGCGCUCUCUGGAUGCCAAUAAAGAUUAUAUUAUUGUCACUUGGAAGCAGCCAGCAGUUGAUGGUGGCAGCUCAAUUCUGGGAUACUUUGUGGACAGAUGUGAGGUUGGAACCAACCACUGGUUUCAGUGCAACGACACACCACUAAAAUUUGCCCGUUUCCCCGUGACGGGCUUGGUGGAGGGCCGUUCCUACAUCUUCCGUGUGCGUGCUGUCAACAAGAGCGGCAUUAGUCGUCCGUCCCGAGUGUCUGAGCCAGUAGCUGCCAUGGACCCAGCAGACAGAGCUCGCAUGAGAGGUACAUCUGCUCCCUGGACCGGCCAGAUCAUUGUCACAGAAGAGGAACCUGUGGAGGGCGUUGUUCCUGGUACACCCAGUGAACUGCAGGUGACAGAAGCAACCAAGAACUAUGUAGUACUGAGCUGGAAACCACCUGGAGAGAAAAGCCUUGAAGGCCUCAUGUACUAUGUUGAAAAGUGUGCCUCCGGUACAGACACUUGGCAGAGGGUGAACACAGAGAUCCCAGUCAAAUCUCCCCGCUUUACUCUGUUUGAUCUUGCCGAGGGAAAAUCAUACCACUUCCGUGUCCGCUGCUGCAACUCUGCUGGCGUUGGUGAGCCUUCUGACCCAACUGAGGCCACCACUGUCGGUGACAAACUUGAUAUCCCAUCCGCACCGGGCAAAGUUGUCCCUACUAGAAACACAGAUACAUCUGUCGUCGUGUCCUGGGAAGCGUCUCGUGAUGCCAAGGAGUUGGUGGGGUACUACAUUGAGGCCAGUGUUUGUGGCAGCAAUGUGUGGGAGCCAUGCAACAACAAACCUGUAAAAGUCACCAGGUUCAUCUGCCACGGUCUGGUGACAGGAGAGAAAUACAUAUUCAGAGUGAGGGCAGUGAACGCAGCAGGGAUCAGCCAGUUUUCCCAGGAGUCAGAGCCUGUGGAAGUGAAGGCUGCUAUAGGGGGAGGCAUUCCUCAUGCAUCUCCUGCUCCACCCUACGACAUCACUGUCCUGGAGUGUGUACGUGACUCCAUGGUGCUGGCCUGGAAACAGCCAGCGUUUAUUGGAGGUGCUGACAUCACCGGUUACUUUGUUGAUUACCGUGAGGUCAUUGAUGGAGUGCCUGGGAAGUGGCACGAGGCCAACGUCAGAGCUGUCAGUGAGAGAGCCUACAGAGUGUCUGAACUGAAAGAGAACAGGAAGUACCAGUUCCAGGUACGAGCAGCCAACAUCGCAGGUGUUGGCAUACCGUCUCUGCCUAGUGAGACCUUCUUAUGUGAGGAGUGGACUAUUGCUGUCCCAGGACCUCCUCAUGAUCUCCAAAUAAGAGAGGUGCGCAGCGACUCUCUGGUGUUGCUGUGGAAAGAACCUGUAUACCAGGGUCGUGACCAGGUGAACGGGUUCUAUGUUGACAUGAAGGAAGCAGAUGCAGAAGAGGAGGCAUGGCGAGGAGUCAACAAUAAGGCUACUGAGAAGACAUACAUGAAGAUUAAGAAUCUGAAGGAAGGAGACCCGUACGUGUUCCGUGUGCGUGCUCAGAAUAAAGCCGGUGUUGGAAAAACUUCAGAAGUCAGUGAACCAGUUGUGGCCCUGACCAAACCGGGCACCAAGGAGAUAGUCGUGGAUGUUGACGAUGACGGCGUGAUCUCCCUGAACUUUGAAUGCCUUGACAUGACCCCCGACUCGAAAUUUGUGUGGUCCAAAAAUUACGAGGAAAUCACCGACUCCUCCCGCUUGGCAAUAGAGACCAAGGGAAACAAGUCCAAAACUGUGUUCAACAGUCCUGGGGAGGAAGAUAUUGGCAUUUACUCAUGUCUCGUUACACACACUGAUGGAGCUUCAUCCAGCUAUAAUCUCUCCAAGGACGAGUUGAAGAAGCUGCUGCAGAUCAGCCAUGACCACAAAUUUCCCAUUAUUCCUCUGAAGUCAGAAUUGGCUGUGGAGAUGCUGGAGAAAGGGAAAGUUCGAUUUUGGCUGCAAGCAGAGAAUAUGUCAGCGAAUGGCAAAGUCGAUUACGUGUUCAAUGAUAAUCUUGUCUCUCAAGGAGAGAAAUAUAAAAUGAACUUUGACAAGAACACCGGUGUGAUUGAAAUGACGAUGGAUUCUCUGACUCCAGCAGAUGAAGGCACCUUCACUUUCCAGCUGCAGGAUGGGAAAGCUACUAACCAGUCCAGCUUAGUACUCAUUGGAGACGUGUUCAAGGAGCUGCAGAAGGAAUCAGAGUUCCAGAGGAAAGAAUGGUUCAGAAAACAAGGACCGCACUUUAUCGAGUAUUUGGAUUACGAGGUGACCCCAGAAUGUUGUGCUAUCCUGAAGUGCAAGGUUGGCAAUAUAAAAAAGGAGACCUCUGCUCUGUGGAGCAAAGAUGGACAUGAGAUCAAAGCAGACGAACACCUGGGCUUUAGUGAAGGAGUGCUGAAACUGGAGAUUGCUCAGUGUGACUCCCCUGCAGCUGAAGCAGAGUAUGUCGAUGAUGUAAUCCGGAGAAGACUGAAAAUUUCCAAGAAGGAUUCUGGUGUGUAUAAGGUUAUCCUACAGGAUGACAGAGGAAAGGACACUUCAACAUUGAAUUUGACAGACCAAGGUUUCAAAGAACUGAUGAAUAAAGUUUUCAGUUUUAUCGCAAAUUCUUCCACUCCACUGAAGAUCACAAGCACAGAAAAGGGCAUCAGACUCUACACCUUCGUCAACUACUAUAACGAUUUACUCCAAGUGACAUGGCACUACAAGGAUUCUGCCAUUGCCUUCUCUGAUCGGAUUAAGAGUGGCGUUGUGGGAGAGCAGCUGUGGCUGCAGAUCACAGAGCCCACAGAGAAAGACAUGGGCAAAUAUGCCAUUGAGUUUAAUGAUGGAAAAGGCGGGUUGCGAAGAACCGUUGAGUUGUGUGGACAAGCAUUUGAUGAUGCUUUUGCGGAAUUUCAGAGACUCAAAGCUGCCGCUGUUGCAGAGAGAAACCGUGCUCGCGUCGCAGGAGGCCUGCCUGAUGUGGUUACCAUCCAAGAGGGCAAAGCCCUCACUCUCACCUGCAACAUUUCAGGUGACCCCAUACCAAAGGUCACUUGGCUGAAGAAUGACAAGGAGAUCACAUCUGAUGACCACUGCAUUCUGAAGUCUGAGUCGGGCAAGUUUGCCAGCUUCAACAUCACAGCUGUGAACAUGUUGGACUCCGGCAAGUACAGCAUCCUGGUGAAGAACCAGUAUGGCACCGAGAGCGGGGACUUCACUAUAGAGGUCACUGAGGGAACGCCAGACCUGGGAGUGACUUCUUACUGGACUGAUGCAGAUGGAAAUGUGAUGUUUGGACCAAAUACCCCAAAGGAAAAGAUGAAAAGUGCAGUUAGUGGAAAAGAAAUGCAGAAAAGGACAAGUAAAAAAGAAAAAGUGGAAAGUGGCAAGGAGAAGAAAACAGAGUCAGAGGAGCAGAAACCCAAGCAGAAGGUUACAGCUAAAGAUUCAGAACAAACUGGCGGCAUAAAAGAGCAGGUUGAUGACGAGUCACAGAUCACUGCUCCCGAGCUGGAACUACACACACAGCCAGAGUAGAGAUCAAGUAUUCCAGAGAACGUGACACUGAUGUCAUGUGCCAUUUUCAAGUAAUCUGGUAAAGUUGUUAUCUUCAAAGACUAGCUAUAUAUGUAAAGAGCUAGUACGUGAUUACACAGGGUGUUUUAGCUUAUCGUUAAUGUUUCACAUAGAAAAUGGUCCACUUUAAAAUGGGGUUUAACCCAAUCACCAGAUUGUAAGUGCACUCUUGUUUUAUAAUGAGCUCUGAAAUAAAUGGAACAACUAGGCUCUUUUUUUUUUUUUUUUUUUUUUUUUUGCUACAUAUUGAAUAUGUUUGGGUUUGAACUCAAGAACACAGCGUCAAAUGUCAGGUUUUAUUUUCAGGUUACAUUGGAAUUUGUCAAACAACAUGCAACAUACCACCUUUAUCAAUUUUCAGGUGACAAAAACAUUGAAACAUGUCACUGGUGUGUGUGUGUGUGUGUGUGUGUGUGUGUGUGUGUGUGUGUGUGUGUGUGUGUGUGUGUGUGUGUGUGUGUGUGUGUGUGUGUGUGUGUGUGUGUGUGUGUGUGUCCCAGGUAUGUCCUUUCGGAUGUGUUAAUCUUCCCGGUUCUUACUGUAAUAUACUGCCCCUUACAAAAAACAAAAUUGAUAUAUUCCUCAGUUUGAAUUUAUUGAAAGUCACGCUGAGAGCCAGGCCCGGGUCCUCAGAGACACAGCCCAUACGGGACUCCAUCUUCUGAGAGACCCUGAACAUGGACGA